AUGAUCCAUACAUCAGCCGAUAUGCAAUUAUCAUUUAUGAAUCGUUCAACUCAAGUUGCUGAAUCCCUACCAACUUGUCUAGUCGAUGCUCAAUCGUGUACUAUUCAUCAAACAACAGCAACAACAACACCAAAUGAUAGUGUAGUCGAAAUAAUCAGUCAACUUGAAACGUAUAAAAAUAAAACAUCAUUUAUCGAUUUGGAUGACAUUCAACUGACAGACAACACAGCAUUAGAUCAUCUAAUUAAAGAAUCCUUCACUUGUUCUAUAUGCCGUGGCCUACUGGUUCGUGCACGUCUAUUACCGUGUGGGCAUCAAUUUUGUCGUGAAUGUUUAUACUAUUGGUUUAAAAUACGGCAUACAUGUCCUUUGUGCAGAACACGUGUAUGCACAAAUGUGCCAGCAAUUCAUGUGGAUAAUUUUCUUGAUGAAAUUAUUGAUCAUUGUAAGAAUAUCGAGGUGAAAUGUCAAAGGCAACAAAGAAAAUCGGAGACAACAAGUGAAGCAUUAGAUUUUCGAUGUAGCCAAAUAUCUUCGGGAAGUCUGUUAAGGACUGUUACAGAAAGUUAUGUUCAAACAGCUUCAUAUGUUGACAGUACACAAUCCAAUGUUUGGACAAGUACUACAUAA